UCCCUAUUUCACCACUCUAUUAUUAUUAUUAUUAUCUAUCCUCCGAAUUGAACCCUCUCCUCCUCCACUCUCUCGAUGGCUUCGACCAGUGCUUUAUCCUCCUCGCGCCUUUCCAGCUUUCACCGACUCACCCACUCCGCAGACCAUCACUCUUUCCGUGAAGUGAGCUCGUAUCCAGGCAGUCCAAUAGUGUCCUGGCCUGGUAUUAAGACUGCGAGGACGGCCCGAUCAUCCCGUGUUUAUGGCUUAUUUGGAGGAAAAAAGGAUAACAAUGAAAAGGGUGAUGAUAAGGCUGGAAUAUUCGGUAAUAUGCAAAAUCUGUAUGAAACAGUUAAGAAAGCCCAAAAUGUAGUACAAGUUGAAGCAGUGCGUGUGCAGAAAGAGCUUGCUGCGGCCGAGUUUGAUGGUUACUGUGAAGGUGAGAUAAUAAAGGUAACGCUUUCUGGUAACCAGCAGCCAGUACGCACAGAGAUAACCGAGGCCGCUAUGGAACUAGGAGCCGAAAAAGUCUCUCUUUUGGUUACUGAAGCAUACAAAGACGCACACCAGAAGAGUGUCGUGGCCAUGAAGGAGAGAAUGAGUAACCUUGCUCAGAGUUUAGGAAUGCCACCAGGCCUUGGCGAACUGAAGUGAUAUCAAGUGAACAUGUGGCAUAUAAUGGGCCAUUUGUUAGUCGUUUUUGUAGUCUCUGAGUUGGAGAAUUCAAGGAAAAGAUGGGUUUAUUAUUUAUGUAACAAAAUACUCGCAAUUUUCACUGAGGCUGAAUUGCUUCGAACUAUUUCAAUUACUCACACUUCUCAUCCACAAGGAGAGUUUGCUGUGAAUUCCAUUGCUUCGAACAGCAGCCUUUUGGAUUCUGUGUAACAUCAGCUAUUUCAAUUAUACAAUAUUAAUUUUCUAGCCCUUCAGGCUAAAUCGGAUUGCCAA